UUGACAUAUUUAAACCAUAAUCACCUCUAUGUUUAGUCUCUUUAUGGCAAAUAGCACUAUUAUACGAUAUGUGUGCUAUCAUUAUUCUAAAUGAAUUUAUUGUACAGCAGUGUUAUUAAAGUUACAUGUGCGUCUGACGAUCGUGGGGCUCUAGGAUGUUUCUAAGAUACUUCUCGUAUCGAGUGUUUGUCAAUAAUUCUCGGUCGCGUUAACGAAGAGAGCGGAUAAAUACUCAAGUGUCAACAGGGAGGUGAAGGCGAUACUUCGUACCAGCGAUGUUGGUAGCGAUCGUUGUAACGGCAGCUCACCGAACGUGCGGUUACCCUCUUACUAUCUGUCUGCUAGGGUCUUCGAUGAGCAAUUCUCCCCCCAAGUAGGGGCUUCGCGCUCGAACGAUAAAAGCGUGACUAACUCGCAACUACAAACUGGCUCUGCCUUUCUGUACACGUCUAUACCACUACGACUUGAUCGCGUGAUUUUAAUUAAUCGCUGGACUGCCAUGCUAUAGCUAUACUACCGCUGACUGCCUCAAAUCUCCCACUAUAUGUAUGUACGACUGAACCGUGAUGGACAAAAAUCGCCUUGCUGCCGUCUUCUCUAUUCCUAUUACAGUGCUAUGGCACACUCAGUCGCUAUCGUGUAAUAGUUAUGGUUCUAAUAGCGGCAUUAGCGCUCCACCGACACGGCCCGUGCCGGCUGCAGAAUCACGACUAAAUUUCCUCUUUCGUUUUCGAACGCGCGAUCUAUGGUUUACGGAACUCCCAUAACUCGAGCAGUGUGCGCAUUCAUCUAAAAACACGCACUCAUAAACAGUGCCGACUUCUUACAGAACUCGAACGUUGGAUAACUGUAAUGGUAAUAUUAUCCCCGGCCAGGAUAGCAGAGACGAACAAUACGACGAUAAAAAAAAAAAGGAACUGUCGUUUCUAACAGCAGCAUCAGCUAUAAUCUCAUCUGUAAGAGCAACGGAGUCGGCUGCUUUUACUAGCUGAAUAGAGCACGGUGCGUUGAUCAGAAUCAGCUCAGCUGAAUCGAAGCGACCUUAACAACGCCAGUCUUAACGACCGGCAUCAAACAAUACCAGUAGAUGCUCCAUCUUCUGUGGCUGCCUGCACCGCAAUAGCAAACGCGCGCCCCCAUAUUGCGCUACGACCACUGAGGUGAUACUAACAACCUCGGCCACGACAGCUGAACGUUUUCUUCACAUCGUUGCAAUCAUUGGCAAUCCGAUCGACUGCUGACGAUACCAAGCACCAGCAGCAACGAAAGCGGCAGCUACUCGAGAAGAUAUCAAACUGCUGUUCACCCUGCGAAGGCAUCCAGUGCUCUCUUUAAUCCACUUAUCGCGAGUAACAGUAUUGUUUUGCUGGGAAAAAAAAAGAGAUAAGGGGCUUGUGGCUGCGAAAUGUGUUUGAGAUCGUGCCGGGGCAGACGCAAAUGCACGGUCAGCGUCGUCGAUCAUUAAGACUGACGCUGCAAACGCCAGACUCUUAAUACUGCCAAAAGCGGCUUCACUGUUGACGCCGCUGCCUCUGACAACAAUUAUAGCACGGCACGUUCCGCCGCGCGAGGCUGCUGUAUGGCGGGUAUAACAAAACGGUCCCAGGCGGCGGCGAAUAGUCACCCCAACGAGGAGCAAUUUUCGGUCGCAACAGCUGCUGUUAGAAGCUCCGGUAACGACAGCAGGAGCUCGGAACUAGAAAGACUAUGGCGGACCCAGCACUUCCGCAAGGCGGUGCUGGACUCUAUGUUGGUCAGAAUGAAACAUCGAGGUUAGUAUUAUCCUUUUUUAGCGUGCGAAAUCUUCACAAACGAGAUCAGUGCCAUGGAGAGCCAAACAAGUCAUUAAACAAUGAAAGGGGACUAUGCAGAAAUCAGCAACUGUCACAUUCAUGGCAAAUCCAUGCACCUGUGAUAUUGGCUAUACUGGUAACUCUGUUAGGCAGUCAUGUAAGGGUCAGUUACGCAGCUACGGUUAAAAUCGAUGCGAUCCCGAAACGCGUGAUCGUAAAUUACGGUGACGAAACACAGGAGAUCACUUGUACCUAUACCCUGAUACAUGACGGCCAUUUGCCAAACGACAGCUACAACAACGCCAGAAAGGACAACCAAUUGAAAGGUCAUGGGAGCGAAGACAAGGACAAAACUGAUGCGGCCGCAGUUACUGACAAGGGAAAGAGUUCCGGCGAGGCUAACGAUAAUGCAACCAAGAUAAAUGUACAUUGGAAUGGUCCUAUAGAAGCUAAUGCCGAAGACGGUAUUGUCGAUUUUAAUAAGCAAGCUAAUAGCGAAGUUGACAGCGGAACGUCGAAAUCAGCCACAAUCAUGGCUACCCAACACCCAAGAAUAGCCGCGGCUAAGCUUGAUAAAAUACCUAACUUUAUCAACUUGAAGCUGUACGAUGACAAUCUUGAAGGCGUCGUUAUGAUUCGAAAGCAGAACUUCCGCCUACUGCACAGUCAUCCCCUUGAACUCAAGUUCCAAUUGAAGAACGUCAAACAGUCGGCGAAAUUUAGCUGUGAACUGAGUUCGACGGACGUUCUUCCAGCCCGCGAUGAGAUCCAGGUUUACGUACGAACGACUGACAAGUGUAGCAGCACAUUUGGCCAAUGUAGCUCACGGAGUCGUACAACUAUGUGUGUCGACGAGCAGUACUGCGUUUGCUUGAACAAAUAUCAGAGGAAACACGGACCAGGUCGGGAUGUUCAGGAGUGUCGACCAAUUGUGCGGGCCAGUCGCUGCUAUGGUCAGGAUAAGCACAGACAUCGCCGGUGUACAUUCACUCGCAAGAUCGCCAUGGAGUCGUACAAAAAAAUCAAUUCGAAUGAUCGCAAACAAUUCAAUGUGUCCACGGCCAUACUUAUCGAUGGCAACUACUACAUAUCGGAGGGCGUCGAACGCGAUUGUUACAUCUGUACCGAAGCUGAUCCCUCGGCACGAUUUAUGACGGCCCUGAUGGUAACCUUUCUUGUACUGAUUAGCGGAGCGAUGUCAGUAGUCGGAGUCGUGAUACUCUAUGAUUGGUGGAAGCGUCGCCGGGAUCUUAUCGAGCUUGAAAGGGAGCAUACGGAACAGAACGCGAGUACUUUCGAUGCUGAGGCUGUUCGCCGGGCCGCAGAGGACCGCCCACCGUCGUAUCUUGAGACACGCCGAAGCGAUUUACACCUCGCUGGUCCGCCACCCCCAUCGUACGAAGACGUGUGUAAGGGGGCAUCUGGAGGCGGAGAUUGUGAGGCUAGAACGCCAAAUACGUCGCGAACUAGUUCUUACGACCGAGUUUUUGGUUCAAGGCGGAUGACGACGUUGUCGCCGCCGUCAGCACUAACAGGUCAUCUAGGUAAUCUGCAGUAUGCGGUCAGCGUCUCUCGUCUUGCCAGUGACCUCACCAGCAGUGUCCCGGACUUGGAAACAAUUCAUGAACGGCGCAUAUCUCUGUAAACGUUGUACGGGUUGUGCUUGCGUACGCUAAACUUUUGUUGUUACAUGUGAGACAGUUACGGAACAGAAGUCUCCUAUCGAAUGCUGGUAAUGUUUCACGGUAUGGGAAUAUAUGGCGAGCAUCAGGUGAUAAAAUAUCUAUGUAGAAAGUUAAAAAUCUAAAUAAAUAAAUAACUAAAAUAGUUAUAGAGCUAUGUUUGAUAUUUGUUUGGAUAGAUCUAUCAGAAUGUGCAUCUGUGUGCGAGCAUUUCUGAAGCUGCAAAAGGUCGCUUCAUUCAAACUGUUUUGUAUAGAUAUGUUUUGUGCGAUACGUCAAUAAAGUACAUCGAAAAAAAUAGGAUUUGAUGGCUGUAUCACAUCGUGCUUGUUAGAAUAUUAAGCUUAAUAUAAGGAUUUUAUUAUUCGUUCAAGCGCUAGUUAAUUGGAGGUGGAGCUAAGCACCCCAACAAGGAAUACAGUUGGACACGCUGUUCAGCGGUCAGAGAAAAUCGAUCCGGCAAUAGCAAAACUAAUACAACAGUCCAGCAAGAUACUUAUACACCUCAUAACAAUGUUUCUGUGAAAAAUUAUUAUGCUUCGCUAUGCAUUUUACCCGAUUAGGGAAAAAACCAAUUCGUCGAGCAAUCGGCUUUACCAGUAUCUCUCUUUCGUCUUAUCUCUAAUAGAAGUACCUUUGGAAGUCACCGAUUCAUUCACAGUUACGGGAAAUACGUAGCGCGCAGCUCACGACAACGCAACCGAGUUGCCUUUGCAGGACAAUAGUAUCAAAAGCACCGCGUAGAAAAUGGCCCGACGCUUCAAACGUCUAAAGUCUUUACGUAAACGUCUCUCCGCACGCCCCCCAGCCCUUUUUUAACUAAUCGUGAUGGCGAAAUGAUGUUGGCUAUAUACUAUCAUAUGCUGAAUGAUGGAUGAGUUAUUUAGUACAACAGAAUUUAGACCUUCGGCAUGGCAGUGAAAUAAGAAAAAGAAAAAAAGAAAAAAGUGGGAGCAGAACUGAUCUUUCCCAAAGAGGUGGUCGUGUCGCUUGCGGGGCCAUGUGAGAUGCGGCCAUAGAACCACGAGGCACGUACAUUCAUAAGUCGUCCAUUAUAACGAAAGCACCUGAUUAGUGUUUGCAUUAGAACGGCGCUUAUGUCAUGUUACGGCAGCUGCGAUACGAGGUGUAAGUCAUGAUAUAUUUAUUAUGAAUGCCAUGACAUAUGACGAAUGAUAGAGAACAAAAAAUAAGGCCCGGAGACUGACUUGAACGAUGAAGUGAGCCGCAAUGGCUACACGAUAGCAAGAGCACACGUGAUCGAUAGAGCAGUGCUAGA